UGGUGUUGUGAUGAUCACCGGCGCUGGUGUCGCUGUGGCACAAAGCAGUCAAGAGGAUACAACGGUGGUGUGGACACAGGUGGCCACGGAUGUGCCCUUCGAGCACACAACGUACAUGGUGCGCUUGGACGCGGAUGGCUGCCUGUAUCACUUCCACAACGAUGCGGCGCGAUCGCAGCGCAACCACAAGUCGUGUAAUGGCGGGCAGACCUGGACGGCGCUGCCAAGCUACCCAAGCCCUUCGCGCAGCGACUUUGCCGUGUGCACCUCAAACGGCCGCAUCUUCCUCAUUGCGGGUUCCACCGAUGGCAGCGGGCGCGGCUUCACGUCGUCGGUCAUCAGCUCCAGUGACGGCGUCAACUGGUCGGCCGAGCCGAACUUCCCAGAUGCCAGGGGCUUCCACAACUGCGCAACAGACCCAACCACAGACAACAUCUACGUGGCUGCAGGGUGUUGCAGCUACAAGUCCGACGUCAAGGCCUUUACCGGCAACGCCUGGAUCACCACCACAUCUUCCGUCUCAUCCACCCUCUACAAGUCGCGCGCCUACUCCGCCAUGGCAGCAUUGGACAACGGUGACUUGUUCAUCUCCGGAGGCCACGAGUUCGGCCCGUAUGUGAACGCCAUUGAUCUGUGGCGGUCAACCAAUGACGGGGUUUCAUGGUCGCGGCUGUGCAACGGCGCCACGUGUCCCUGGAACGCGUCAAUGUUGUCAUCUCACCUGACGGCGCUCUUUGGCAUGGGCGACCGCCUCUUCGUCGGCUUCUUCGAGCACCUGUAUGUGUCGCAUGACCGCGGCGUCUCGUUCACUCAGGUCACCCAACAGCCGUUCCUGCCCGUGUCGCAUUGGAACGCCCGCCACCCGGCCGUGGACGCAGCGACAGACAGCAUCUUCGUCGUGUCUGGAUCAAACAUGUACGUCGGCACACUUGGUGCAGCGCAGACAACCACGACCACAACAUCGACGACGACGACAGGGUUGCCCAGUAUCGCUGCGAACGCGUUUGCGGAGGGAGAUGCGUGGAUGGACUUUGCAGACACAGCGUGUGGCGUCGGUCGCAUUACACUGACGCAGGAGCAGGUGCUUGCAGGCAACACAUUUGCAGCCGGCACGCCAGCGCUCGUGCUGUGGGCAGCCGGCAACAGAGUCAUCGUGGAGGCGCCAGCCGUGGACAUCAACGCAACCGCCCUCACUCGAGUCGACGAUGAUGACGGUGCAGACGCGGUGGUGGUGGGGAGGUAUCGCCUGCACACUACCAACACCACCGCCACUCGUGACGAUGUUGGUGACGGGUCUGUGGCCGAUGCCCUGGCGCUUGAGGUGCGCGCGCCACUGCUGGUCCUGUCAGGCGCAGACGAUAUUGGUGACGUUGAUGUGCGCAUCACGCAGUCGCCGUCAUGCACGCGCCCGCAUAUCGGCUGUGAUGAUGACCGUAACCUGCUCAUCUGCUCGCCAUUCCACGUCGCGCUCCGCGGCCUCAUCGUCACGCUGGCCACCAACAGCACGCCAUAGCGUUGUGUGCGUGUGUGUGUGUGUGUGUAUGCGUGUGUGCGUGUGUGCGUGUGUGUGUCAAUGUGUGAUUUCUGCGGCAUCGGCUCGUGCUGACUUAUUUUGUUGGGUGUUUCUCUUCCCUCGCUUUCUUUACAACUCGGCCAAUGCUUGUCCGUGAACGCUACGAGUACUUGCUUCCUUGCUUCUUUGCUUGCCUCUUCCCCGCCUGUUUCCAUGCUUCCUUCCUUGACACAUGAUGCUGUCAUCAUCUUCAUCAUAUUUACAUGUGUGCGAACCCGAAACGACGGCAAUACCACAC